AUGGCGUGUGGUGUCCAGAAAGGCCUUUGCAUCGAGAGGGGAGCACAGCCUGGAGGGGCUUGUUCUCCAUGUGGCCCUCUGACCAGUGCCCGAGGGGAGGGGAGAUUAACAAAGACAUUUUUCUUCACAGCAGACAGCACUGAACCAAAUGUGACCCAAGAUGCUGAUGAGGGAAUACCAAAGUCUCCCGAGGAGGCCUCCGAACAGCCGAGGGAGGAAGAGGUGGAGGCGGAAGUGAAGGUGGAGGCGGAAGUGAAGGUGGAGGCGGAGGGAGCAGCUGUGCCGGACGAACAAGAUACCGGGACAGAACCUCCCCCAACCGAUGCUCAAGAAGUACCCGAAGAAGCGAAGGAGAAGAAGGAAGUCGACGAGAUCGACGCAGAAAUGAGCAAAUUGUCACCCAAGGAGUCGGCCCCUUCAGUCACAAUCACAGGAGCGGUGGAAGAGGCACAGACGGCUGAGACCGGGGAUGAACCUUCUCACACUGACCAGGAAGAGAUGCUAUCGAUGCCAACGUUUGAAACAUUUGAUGUGGGGAGUAUGGAAGCACUCAUUCUGAUUGGGGAGGACCUGAAGGUGGACGAGAUGGAGGGCAUCAUGGAAGAGAUUCCCAUGCUGGUUCCAGGAACCCCAGACAAAGGAAGCCUAGUCGAUAUGGUUGAGGAUGAGGCAGCUAAAGAAAUCCGUCACGCCAACCUGCUCGCGGAAUAUCAGGUGUUAGUUGAAGAGAGGGAAAAGUUGAGAAACCAAAAUAACAAACUGCAGAGCAAGCUGAGCGAAUAUUACCGCAGGAGGAAGGGUGACGAAACCCGGAUUGACUUAGAGAAAGUUCUCUCAGACCAGCAGGAGCGCUACAUGAAAUAUAUGAGCUCGCUGGGGGAUAUCCAGAAAAAGUUUCAAGCUGAGUCUGAAGAUUACCAGACACAGAUUAAGGAACUGAAGACAGAUUGCCUGCAGAAACAGGAGUUAGCCAAUCAGGCCUGGCAGGCCUUCAUGUCCAAGAAGAAGUUAGUGAUUGUGCAUUCAAUCCACAAACAGCUGGGAAAGAAGAACACCCUCGGGGAACUGGACACGCUUCAGAGAAUCGAGGAGCGGAAGGAACACGAGUUGCGGCUGGUACGGUUGAAGACCAUCAAGCUGAAGAACAAGGUCAAGGCCUACGAGGAUUUGCUGAAGACCAAGGAGGAGUUGGCAGACGGACUGAACCUCAUCGACUUUGAGCAGCAGAAAAUCGAGAACAAGACGUGCAGCGCGAAGAUCGAGGAGCGCAACGAGGAGAUGCAGAAGCUGAUAAGUAAGGUCACUGACACGGUUCUGAUCAUCACCCACCUGAAGGAGAAGCUGGAGUGGGUGCAGGGCGAGAAUGCUGCCAUGAAAGCUCAGCUCAUGGACAUCGAAAGCAUCGUUGCCCAGAAACGUGACGUGUUGACCAAGAUCAAACAUGUGAAGGACGGGCUGCGGGCCGACAAUAUCAAGCUGAAGCAGAAGUGUGGGCUGCUGUGUAACAGGGUGCUACUGCGCGACUUUGAGAACAAUGUGGACAUUGUGGAGGAGCUGUGCUACAGCCUGGAGGCACUGAAGCGCAAACACGCACAGCUGACGCUGGACUGUGGUGCCAUCAAGAAGAAGAUCAACUGGGUGAAGAUGGGGCACGUGUGAGAUCACCCUCCCAACACCACCCUCCCUCCCUGUCCCUCUCUCUCUCUCUCUCUCUCCAUCUC